AUGUCGACAGUUGGUCUCUCUUCCGGCAGCGAAGUGAAAAAGAGCCUGCCGAAGCAACUCGACAUACCAUUCGAUUGGGGCGAGAUACAUUACCUCCAGGGAACUUCUGUGACUGUUGAUUGUUCCGGCAUCUCUUCUACUAUCCCGAGAUACAUUAACAUCUAUGGCGCACCAUUUGUUCCUGAGUGUGGCCCUAAUACUGAGAAUGCCUACCAGUAUCCAGUGAGCCAUAAUCCGUGGGCUGGCAAGAUUCCUGAGUCCACUGAUAUCCUGGUCACACAUACGCCGCCUAAGUUUCACCGGGACUGGUAUUACGAGUCUCCAGAAGGAUGCCCCUGGUUACUUCAAGAGUUGUGGAAAGUCCGACCAUUGCUGCAUGUGUUUGGCCAUGUGCAUACUUCGUAUGGGACAGAGCGUGUUGUUUGGAAUGAUGGCGAUCGAGAUGGGAGGAAUUCUGCUCGGACCUUCAAUAACUACCGAGUCAGGAUGGGCGGCCUAUUACACUUGCCAGUAUUUUCCGACCCAAAUUAUGGCUGA